AUGUUUUGGAUCUUUGCAUCCAAAUCAGCAUCAUCUGAUUUAUCUAAUUGUACCGAAAUAAAAUUUGGCGCGUUUAACCUUCCAUCUAAUUACAACAAUUUUACAAUUCAGCAAAAUGAAUUGAUUUGCAUUCAAGGUGAUUAUAUUUUUAGUUCAGAUAAGAAAUUUAAAGCGCGUACUCUACUAAAAGGUGGCUUGGGAGCUAAAUCGAAAAUUACAGAUUGGAUAGAAAAUCCUGUUGCUGUUGCUGGUACCUGCCAUACAGAUGCAAGAUCUGGUUUAUGCACCGAGCCAUUUACAGAAAUCAUGUGCCUCGAAGAUGUAUGCGAUUUUAAUGCAAUUUGGAUUCCUCGAAAACCAACAAAUUAUUCAGUUAAAGGAAGUUUUAAUGGAGUUGAAGGAUGGGAUACAACUCAUCUUGUAGCUGUAACAAUUAGUACAAAAACACAAGGAGAAAUGAAAUUAUAUACUUAUCAAAGUAUUGAAAAUCAUACAGAUGGUCACAUGACAGGAAUCGCUUUUAGCCAUAUUGGAUUCAUUGUACAGGAUGGAAAGCCUACAGCCAAAGAUAAACCAUCAUCAAAGGUCAAAUCAUCUUCCUAUGGUGAUGGCGCCAAUGAUAUCUCAGUCGGACCAGAUCCGGUCUCAGCUAUUGACAAUGAUGACAAGUAUUGUGAGAUUGAAUAUUCUAAAGGAGGUCCAGGUAAAUAUAAGCUAUACUUGCAAGAAUUCCAAUUUACUCUUAAUCCAGAAGGUGGAUUGUACACAAAAGACUCCCCAAGCUAUGAAUUUACUACAUAUAAAGCUCCAUUUCAUGCCUACUGCGUAGGUUGCAUGCCAUGCUGCGUAUUGUCCAAAGCAGAUAAAGAUGCAGAACCUGAGGUCUAA